AUGAUCGAAAAAGAAGGCACAAACGAAAUCGAAUUGUUUGGCAAAAGUGUUGGCGUCCAACUAAAUUCCAUGAGUUUAGAAAAUGCUUUGCGGGCGCACCUAUCUUACAAAAGUGCGAUUGCAAGAAUUAAAAACCUACAAUCGCACUUUUGUUGUUCCUACACCAUCUCCGAGUUAUGUGCCUACACCAUCUCUGAGUUAUGUGCGUACUCCAUCUCCGAGUUAUGUGCGUACACCAUCUCCGAGUUAUGUGCCUACACCAUCUUCGAGUUAUGUGCGUACACCAUCUCCGAGUUAUGUGCGUACACCAUCUCCGAGUUAUGUGCCUACACCAUCUCCGAGUUAUGUGCGUACACCAUCUUCGAGUUAUGUGCGUACACCAUCUCCGAGUUAUGUGCGUACACCAUCUCCGAGUUAUGUGCGUACACCAUCUCCGAGUUAUGCAACGAAUGUGCCUACACCAUCUCCGAGUUAUGUGCGUACACCAUCUCCGAGUUAUGUGCGUACACCAUCUCCGAGUUAUGUGCCUACACCAUCUCCGAGUUAUGUGCGUACACCAUCUCCGAGUUAUGUGCCUACACAAACCAUUUAUGA